UAUACUAACAUAUACUACUAAUCAAUACAACAUUCAGCCCACCACCGUCCACUCCUUUUACAUACAAAAGAAAGCCCAAUUCUCUUAAUUCACAACAACAAAAGAUCCCAGCGCAUACAUACAUCUAUUGAUGCGCGUACCCAUACGAGCCUUCUUCUUCCUCAAUUUCUCGGACAACAUCGCAAAUCCGCAGUUCGAAUGUAAAACUAAAUCUAAACCUGCUAAUGCCAUGACAUGUCACGAGCACGGUGAGCCUAGUAAGAUCGAUGAAGAAGAAUGUGAAGAAUAUGAUAAGGAAACUAUGAUGCCUAAACACAUCAUAGAGGACUUGAAGGAACUUCAGAAUGAUAGAAAAACCAAACUGGAUGAGAUAGAGAUAGUAAACUUAGAAGAUGACGAAUUAGUUAGAGAAACUCAAGUCAGUGUUUAUUUGAUGGAAGAAGAAAAAGAAGAUUUGAUCAAACUAUUCAAACAAUACAUUAAUGUGUUUGCAUGGGCUUAUGAUGAUAUGCCUAUCCUGAUCUUUCCAUCUUUCUUUGGUACUGGACAAUAUUAGCCAUCCGGAUGGAUAUUUAGUUACUUCGACGACUUUUGAUUGAUCUGCUUAGUUACUUCUUUUAUCCUUAAACUCAGAUCUAGUUUGAACUUUCUAGUUUUCUGCUUUAUUGGGUAAGACCCUGGAUAAAUAGGCAGCUUAUGAGAAACAACAUCUGUGCUCAAUC